AUGGACCCGGUCAGCGCUCUUGGGGUCGCCUCAGCAGCUGUUGCCUUUAUUGACUUCGCGAUUGGGAUUGUCCAUGAGAUCCACGCAGAGUGUGGUACUGGAAAGAGGCUGACCCAGCGUAGCUUCGAAACUGUGAUCAAUGAUCUUCUGAGUUGGAGUCUUACUUUGGAUCAGGAGCAUGUCACCGAGAACGAUUCUGAUAUACGCGCACUUCAACACCUGCUCUCAGAAUGCAGUGGCACUGCCAGGAAGCUCAUUGAAGCGCUUGAAAAGUUAAAGCCAAAAGAGCCUCAGUCUAAGUGGGACUGUUUCUGCGCGGCUCUGAAGAAUCAUUGGGGUUCCAAACAGCUGGAAGACCUCCGGCAACACAUCGAAAGCUUCAGGUCACAGCUCUCGCUACGAAUGCUUGGAUACAUCAACGCUAAACUCGACACUAGGCAUGCGGCGCAGAAUCGGCAUUUCGACGCUAUGGCCGACCAGAACUCCCAGAUUGUGGACAUGCUGGCGAUCCAUCAGCGACAGCUGGCAACGGCUGCGGGGCAAGGAAUGGUCACUCAGACUGCUGUUUUGGAGGCGCUAGCGAUUUUGAAGAGCGGAGAGAUGAGGCGGCUGCCUGUGGAUGAAGGGAUCCAGUCGGACAAGCCUCGGGCUGGGGUUGGGUUCCAAUUUGAGCCCGGAGUCUCGACCUAUGUACUUUCCAUGGGAAACGGGGUCACGUCCUCGACGGGGAAGCAUGAAGCUGACAUCAACUCUUUGGACAAAGUGAGGCAUAACAUCAUGGGAUUGCUCCAUUUCCAACAAAUUCACUACCGCUUUGAAUCAGUUAAGCCGUCUCACCAAAGGACGCUUGACUGGGUUUUUGGCGGGAAAACGGAGCAGGCCGACGAAGAAUCGACAUUCACUUGGUCCAACUUCGCAACGUGGCUGCGUUCUGGUUCAGGGUGCUACUGGCUGCGUGGUAAAGCAGGCUCCGGCAAGUCGACUCUGAUGAAGUACCUUUACCAAGACGAGAGAACGACCUCGUAUCUCCUUCAUUGGGCUGAGGGAAGGCGACUGGUCAUGCCUGGCUUCUUCUUCUGGUAUCUGGGCACGACCCUACAAAAGUCACAAGCCGGCCUCAUUCGUGCACUUCUAUACAGCAUCCUCCAACAAUGGCCCCCGCUUAUCUUGGUACUCAUGCCAGAGGUCUGUGUGCCAUACGCUCGAGAAGGUAUUUUGUCGCAAGAGGAGCCUGCUUUGGAAACUCUUUGCAACUGGUUCCAAAAGUUGCGGGAAAUUAGAUCGCAGGUCAGUAUCUGCAUCUUCGUCGAUGGCCUAGACGAGUAUGUUGGCGAUCAUUCAGCUAUGGCAGAAUUGUUCCUGGACAUGGCAAAUGCUUGUCCAUUUGUCAAGUUCGUUGUAUCCAGCCGGCCAAUCAACAGCUGCGUGGACGCCUUUCAAAACUCCCCAUCCUUGCGACUAGAACACCUCAACCGGGCCGACAUCAGAACCUACACCGAAGAUACGCUCGGCCCAAAAAUUAAUGUCUACGGCCGCGGAAGGUGCUCAGAGCUCACGGAAGAAAUAGUGAACAAAUCCAUGGGAGUCUUCCUCUGGGUUCACCUUGUGGUUCGCUCCCUCCUCCAGGGUCUCCGUGACGGUGACACAACCUCCGAGCUAGCCACUCGUCUCCGUGACUUACCUUCCGAUCUGGAACAGCUGUACAUACACAUGCUUGACCGCAUUCCCACCGUCUACCAGCCACAGGCCUCACGCAUCUUCCUACUCAUCCUUGCCCGCGACCAGGUCCUCGACAGGCUCCUCGGAGAACGCCGCCAGCGCCUCUCUGUGCUGCAAUUUUCGUACGCCAUCGACGAUGAAGACGUCGAACGCCAACUCGAGGCAGGCCCCACGACUAGCCUCAUGCAAGCGCAACGCGUUGCGCACACCGAUGCACGGAUUCGAAGCCGCUGCUUCGGGCUUGUUGAGGUCGUAUACCGGAAUCGUAGCGGCGCGCCCAUCAUGCACCCGGAGGUACCGUCGUUCUUCGACAACCAGGAUGCGCGGUUCCACUCGGUUGAGUACAUGCACCGUACCGCGUUCGAGUUCCUGACGCAGCGAGAGGUGUACGCCAAGCUGCGCGGGCUACUUGGGGGCCAGGAGUUUGAACCGCUGGGGCGGCUGUUCCGGUCGUGCGUGGCGCUGGCGCGGGCGAUUGAGCCGCCGGUGGUGUUGCAAGGGGACGUGGACGAUGUGACGGUCUGGGGGCGGCUUGUUGAGGGACUGUUGUAUGCUAAGGAGGCGGAGGAGACGGGCCGGCCGCUGGCCAUGGCGGAUUUAGAUUUGCUAGACGCUGCCUAUACGUGGCAGUGGGAGAACUCCGAGAUAUAUUACAAGAAGGUCCUAGACACCUGGGUUUCGAGCCGAAGAGCGGGUCACUGGUUCCGUCGAAUCCCUGAACGCCAUCAGCAUGACAACACGAUCUCCUUCACCGAAACGAUCGCUCAGCAGAGGUUCGACGAUUCGCUAUCGCAAACCCAAAGAGUAUACGUCAACUCGCCCUACGAACUCCCAUAUCGAGACUCCAUUGGCCAGGAGAUGCUCGCCUUACUAGAUGACGAGACGCUCAAUUUGUCGCGAGUGGAAAUCAUGUUCGGCCUACACUCCUGUCUCAGAGACAACUUGCUUCGGCAGCGAAGGGUCGCGGGAAAUGCCGGUGAUAACAAGGCAACGGCACUGCUUCAAUUCUUUGUGCUGGGAAUCUCAGGGACCGUAGUCGGUCUGCAAGAGUUCAUGUCGACAACUCCAGCACCCAUGUGUGAAACACUGCUAUCUGCCGGAGCGGAUCCAAACGGUGGUUGGGCCGGGCCUGGUGGCGGUACUCUGUGGACGCAUCUUCUGUUCUACUAUGCAACCCGCAUUAAGGAUAGUAUAGGUAUACUCGAUAUUGCGACGAUGAAGGCGUUCAUCAGGAAUGGGGCUGACCUCGCUGCCUGCGUUGACUUCCAAGGAACGAGGUUUUCGCCAGUUGGCCUCGUGCGGUCUCUUCUGAAGGACUUCCCACAAUUCGAGGACGAACUCGGAGUAUUACUGGGACUACUCGAGGAGAGCAUAGCAGCUUUGGCGCCUAUUCAGAUUACUGUCUCGGGACCGAUCGAGCAGGCUUGUGCUCCACAGCUCUCGAAAAAGUCUCAGCUCAUUGACGUCUGCGAUCUCGACACCACCUAG